GCGUUGUAUAUUAUUUAUUUAUUUGUUAUUACAUUUGAUAGUAUUACCAGCAUAUGUUGCAGCAGCAGUGGAAUAUCGUUCGCUUGAUGGUUCCAAUAAUAAUAUUGCAGAACCAAAAGCUGGAACUCCUAACGUUCCUUUUUUUCGUCAAAAACCACAUGAUGCAAACUAUGCUGGGGAUAACAGUGAAAUGGUUUCUUCUCCAGGAAAUUACAAUUACAACCCCAAUGAAGUAGUUCCAAAAUGUAAGGACUUAAUACCAAAAGGAAUGUUUCCUUUACCAAGAUGUAUUAGUGAUGUAUUAGACGGUUACCAGACAACAGCAAAAGAUGCAUUCUCUUGGGAUUUUAUUGACUCAUUUAAAUCAAAAAGAAAAGUUUCUCACAUGAUAACAUUUUGGGGACAAUUUAUGGCCUUUGACAUUGCAUCAUCUCAAUUUACAGGAGAAAAUUUGCCUACUGGAAUUAUCAUUCCAAGCGACGAUGCUGAAUAUUUAUCUAGUAUAUCGGGAACGACAGCUCCUCUUAAUGAAAAUGCCUUAGCAUUUAAUCGAUCAAAUCCAAAAUCUCGCCAAGGUACUAAUGGAGCAACCUCAUUUGUCGACGCGAGCACUAUUUAUGGAAUCGAUCAAACUAAACUUGAACAAGAAUUGCGCGAUUUUGGUAAUAGAGGAAAAUUAAAAUUGCGAUACACGGAUACUCCGGAUGGUCAAUUUGGGUAUCCACCAACAGAUGCAAAUGGGGAUUAUAUUUUAGGAUUUGCGCCAAAACGAAGUGCAAAUUUGUUUACGCAUAUGAUUCAUACUAUAUUUCUUAGAGAACAUAAUCGUCGAUGUGAUGAAUUGUAUGCAAUACAUCAAGAUGAAUGGGAUGAUGAAAUGUAUUUUCAAGAAGCAAGAAGAUGGGUUAUUGCUCUUAUUCAAAAGAUAACAUACAGAGAAUAUCUUAGUAUCAUUUUGGGAGCCCCUCUUUUGCCAUAUACCAAAUAUAAUCCGGAUCUCGUUCCAGGUUUAGAAACCUUUUUCACGACUGUAACAAUGAAAUAUGGACAUUCUGAAGUCAGUGACUUUUACACAAUUGUCGAUAACGACGGACAAGUAUUGAACACGCUACCAUUAAGCGCAAUUCAAACACCACUCCUGAUGGAGAGUUUUAAUAUUCCUGUUAUAGCUUCAUCACUUUCUUUACAAAGACAAGAGGAAGUAGACAUCUUUUAUACUGAAAUGAUGAGAGGCUUCAGAUUUCCUACCGGUGAUAUUAAUGAUAUUGCUAGUAUCGACCAUCUUCGUGUUCGUGAUCGAGGAAUUCCUUUGUAUAAUGAUGUUAGAGAUGCUUAUGGGUUACCACGCGUUGAAAAGUUUUCAGAUAUUACAAACAAUACAGUAGCUCAAGCGCGUCUACAAGAAACUUACUCAACUGUAGAUUCUGUUGAAGCAUUGGUUGGAGCUCUUGCUGAAGAUCAUCUUGUGGGUUCAAAUUUUGGACCCUUGAUACUUGCAAGCAUGAAAGAACAGUGGGGAUUGAUUCGCGAUUCUGAUAGAUUUUGGUAUGAAUCUCCGGGAAGUGGAUUUACCAUCAGUGAAAUCAAUCAGAUUAAUAAUAUCACAUGGCGUGAUGUUCUUACAAAAAAUGUUCCCGCUAGUUUCUCAAUUCCUGGAAAUCUUUGGUUUGUUCAACCGGUAUCGACAUUUGGAACCACAAACAUCAUUGAUAAUCCAGCUCCGGAUUAUCCAAGAUUAAAUUUCUUAAGAUUUAGCGAUGUUUAUGAAAUUCGAUGGAAAAUUGAUGGGGAUAAUAUCCAAUUCCUUCUUACUAUGCUAAGUAACAAUGCAUGGUUUGGUUUAGGAUUUAAUUCAGAUGACAAUGGCAUGAUAGGUGCCGAUAUAGUGUUGGCACGAACGGUUGACUCUGCAAACAUAGAAAUAGCUAAUUAUAAGUCUGCUGGAUAUCAACCACCAGUUAAAGAUGAAAAAAACCAGUUUAUUAAGUUAAUAAGAUUUAAUGUCUCAAGUGUUUCCACGCAAGUUGAAUUCAGUCGUCCAUUAGCUGCCCCGGACAGAAGGCCUAUUACCAAUAAUCCUACAACAUUGAUUUACGCUUGGAACCCUGGUAGCAAUGGACUUUCAUAUCAUGGAGGUAAUCGUGGAAGUUUGAAAAUCAAUUUCUUUUCUUCAACAAUUGCACAAUCUGCUGAAACUAAAAACAAGUUAACAAGAUUGUUGCAUGGUUUAGCGAUGUUUGUGACUUGGAGUGUUCUAUUUCCAUUAUCAGUUUUUAUCGUUCGUUACUGGAAACAUGUUGAUACAUAUUUAUUUCAACAUCGAAACAUGCAAAUUGUUGGUGGAGUUUCCGUGUCAACUUUCGGAGCUGCGGCAAUGGCAACUGCAGAUUAUCAAAAAAGAUCAAUCCAUGGAUUGGUUGGCAUAUCAAUUUAUACAAUCGUAUUCGCUCAAAUUGGAUUAGGCUUUAUAGCUAUUUGGGGUCUCGCUCACCUUGAAUCGGCCAACCGCGGUAUAAUGCGUGGAAUCAGGAUGGCGCACUUUAUAUUAGGAUCUUCGUUGAUCAUUGUCGCUUGGGUUAAUAUUUAUCUCGGAAUUAUCCAGUUUGGUGGAAAUAUGAUGUGGAGAAUCGCGUAUUUAAUAUGGAUAGGUUUUACGUUAAUAGCAUUUAUUGGAGGGGAAUAUUGGUAUAAUUUUAGAAAUGGAAAUUACUUUUAUCGCAAAAGUGAUCUUGAAACCAAACAAAAACGCAUUCAUGAGAAAAUUCCCGCUGAUGUUUAUGAAAGAUUGCCAGUCGUCACCUGGGAUGAUGUUAAUACAAGAAUUGCAAGUGGUGCUCAAUUAGUUGUUGCUGAAGGAUUAUUAUUUGAUAUUCGAAAAUGGAUAAGAAUUCACCCUGGAGGUGCAAAAAUUUUACACCGUGUUAUUGGAACUGAUAUUACCAACGAUUUUUUCUUAGAUACUUCAGAUCAGUCAAAGUUUACAUUUGAUCAAAAAGAUAGUGAAAACCGCCAUUCAAUGAUUCAAUAUAAUACACUUAAAAAAUAUGAUGACACAUCUAGUUUUGAUGAUUCUAAGCAAAAGAAAGCAGUACUAAAGAGACGUUCAAUAGCAAACGUUUUUGAUGUAAUUAAUAGUUCAUCAUUUAAAAAUUCUAGAGUGGCAACACAUCACCAUUCAACGUUUGCGACAACAAAAUUAGCAUCUAUGGUAAUAGCUAAAGUAAAUGAAUAUU